GCGCCCGCCGACCGUGUCCAUGGAGAGCCGCUGAGCUGCUGGAGCAGCACCUCCCUGGGAAGGGAAAGGGAGGUGGGGGAAAAUGUCUGCUUCAUUGGUGAGAGCUACGGUCCGGGCGGUGAGCAAGAGGAAGCUGCAGCCCACCCGGGCAGCCCUGACCCUGACACCCUCAGCUGUGAAUAAGAUAAAGCAGCUUCUUAAAGAUAAACCUGAAAAUGUAGGUCUGAGAGUUGGAGUCCGAACCAGAGGUUGUAAUGGACUUUCUUACACUUUAGAAUAUACCAAGACAAAAGGAGAUUCUGAUGAAGAAGUGGUUCAGGAUGGAAUUAGAGUGUUCAUCGAAAAGAAAGCACAGCUAACACUUUUAGGAACAGAAAUGGACUAUGUAGAAGACAAAUUGUCCAGUGAAUUUGUUUUCAAUAACCCAAACAUCAAAGGAACAUGUGGCUGUGGAGAAAGCUUUAACAUUUGAAAACUCAGGACUACUUUGGCAUUAAGUACCAAGAAUGCUCACGGUCAACCAUGUGGCUUUCUAAAGAAAUCAUGUUUCUUUCAGGUUCUGGGCCUUGCAAUGUAUGGCUGCCUUAUGAGGAAAAUAAAGUUAAUGCAUUUUGAAAAUAAAACUAUUGUGUUAGAUUCUGGAAAAAAUGGUCUUUGCACCAUCUCUUAUGUGACAGAUUGAGUCCUAAAAAUUUUCUGAGGAGCACCACUGUUACUGUUCGGUAAAGGAAAAAACAAACAAACCCUUAUUCUGAGUUUGUAUCUCCAUUUGUUAUUUCUCUUAGAAGAAAUUUUCAUUGUCCUUAUCUUAUUGAUUAGAUUUCAGUCUUGCAUUUCACAUAGUUGUACAUGCAGUGGAUAUUUGACAAGCAGGUAUAAUUGUGGAGUAUUUUCAUAAUUUUUACUUUUUUAUCCAUGAUUUGAGGCUCUUAAAAUUCAGAAGCAGAAAAUCUGACUCCUGAUGGCAAAAAUUUUAGAGAUCUCUCACCUCACCAGAUUUGUCAGUCUUUUAAAAUGUUUAUUAAAGCUUUCUUUAUCAGGAGGCUUAAACUUGUAACAGUCUUGGUCACUGUAUUAGAGUAGAUGAGAGUUUUUAGAAACACUGCAAAGAAUUUCAAGGUGACCAUGCUUUCUGAGAAUAGAUAUCCCAGUUCUCUCAUUUUUAAUUCCUUAUUUCUCCCACUCUAGUUGUCUUCCUAAAGUAUGAGUCCUAAAGCUGAUUUAGAAUUUUAAAGCUCAUUGGGAUCUUCUAGGUCAUCUAGUCCAGCCCCCUUCCCCCUCCCCUCGGUUAGCAAAAAAAGUUAACAAAGGGCAUGAUAAGGGGUGGCCUCCCUGGGGUCACAUCCUUGAAGUCACAUAACUAGUUAAUGGUAAAGCCUGGACUAGAACCUGAACUCCUGGGCAGGCUUUCCUCUGUGCUACAAUGGCCUCUUUAAAGAUGUGGGUCUGUUAUUUCAUUAUAAGCUGUGUGCAUAAUGCCUAUGGGCUUAGGUUGUAGAGGAAGGUAAGGAUCUGGAUUUGUCUUGACUGUGAAACGAAUAGAGUGGCCUUUUUAUCUGAUCUUCAUGUUAAUUGAAUUCCUUAAUCCUUCUAUCUUCUAUCUUCUAUCUAUUUCUAAUCCUAGAGUACUGCAUUUUCCUUAAGUGACAAUUUGGAAAGAAAGUUGUUUUAAUUGCAUUCUUUCUUUAUAACUAUGUAACCACAAUUCAAAAAAUCAUGGAGGAUGGGUAAUGAAGCAUCCUGAAAAUUCCUUUUUUUUUUUAAUUCAUUUAACUACUAUAGCUACUAUACUCCCCUUCUGUAGACUACUUUUCUAAAGUUUCAGUUCACAUAUUUUCUGAAUCCUAACUUCUGUUGCUGGAAGAUUAAUUCCUUUUUCAAAUGAGUGGAAUCUAAUACUCUUCCCCUCAAUUUUCUCUGACAGUGUUCAUUUUAUAUCCUAGUUUUUUAUUUUGCAGGGUUUGACACGUGGAAUGCUUUGAUUUAUAUAGUCAUAUUGAUGCUUUGUGUUUAAAAUUUAAGUUCCUUUAAAUAUGAUUGUCCUGUUCAUAAUCCUGCUCAUUCGCAGCCUGCCCAUAGGAACCUGAUGCACAACACGCACAAAACAAAAGUAAUAUUAUCUAAGUGCUAGUAACAAUUUGUAUAGUUAAUAUUUUGUUGAUCCAUUUAUAAUUUGUGCAAUACUGUAUGUAGAAGUCUUUGUUGCCAAUAAAAAUGUAUCCUCUGUA